AUAAAUUUUAAUAAUAAAUUCAAACAUUUGAUACAGUUAGUACAUAAAUUUUGAUGCAUAAAAAAGUUAAAAUGAAACACACUAAUCUGUUCUGUGUACACCUAAAUGUAACUUUGACACUGAAAUGGAUUAAGACACUGCUCUUCUCUGAGGAACUGAGUUUUUAUUCUAAUUUCUGGAUGUAGUGUGUGGGAAUUAUUAUUUUUGCCGCUCUUUUUCUGAAAAAGAUUGCCUUUCCCUAAGAGCUGUUGUUCCAAUGAAAACCUAGUGUUUUCAACCCAGCAUGAAUGAUGCAAGUGCUGAGGUCCUUUGGGCGAGACCCUCUGGGGUUAUUGUAGCUCUCACUGGAGACGUGAGCUCUGCUCUCUUUUCAAAGUAUCCAUGAAGUCUCAACAGAACCCACCACACAACCCCCCACCCACCAUGGUAGUUUGUCUUUCUCUUUGUCUUCUUUCCCAACCUCAUCUUUAUUGCCUGGAUAUAGCGAGGCCAGGGUAACCUUCUUGUCUCUACGUGGAUAGUACGUUUGUACUUCUAGCCUUGGGAUUUUUCCUUAAUAUUUGUCCAUGCUAGCUGAGUUUGCCUUUUCAAUAGCUCUCUUGACUAAAUGUACGGUAAUUUCCAAGAUAUUUUGGUUUUCUUUUAUUUUAUUUUUGCUUAGCAUUGCUUCAGGGGACUGAAGGUGAGGGAUCAGUUCUUCAUAGUGGAACACCUUACAUCUUUCUCUGCCAUCUUUGACGUUUAUGAGGCAUAUUUUUCUACUUUGUUUGGUAGCUGUUGCUGAAUUUGUUUCAUUGGUGCUUUGCUCACUUUACUUACUUUUUUAGCUAUUGAAGAAGAAUGACUGUAUCAUGCUGCUGAUUUCCCCAUCUUGGCUAGACAGUAUGUCAUCCUUUAUCUACACUGGUCCCUGUAGUGAGGAUCAUGGAGCAGAUGUUGCUGGGAGAGUGAGUAUAUGUGAAAAAAAUGUGAAGGUAUUUGGUGCUGAUGAAGCAAUAUGCCCUACUGGGCAGGGGAGAGGCACAGAAUAAGAAUUCUUGCCAUGUGGAUGAACUCAUUCAAACACAAUGACUGCUUUAUGAGACAACAGAUAGAUUUCCACCUCUUCUCACAUGUACAGAGAAAAUAUUUCCAAAGUCUCCAGAAUAUUUACGUGUAAUACUAUUUAAUAUAAACUUGCAAGUCUUUUUAAAUGUGUUUAAAACUAUCACAGUACUAAACAUGAACUAGAUGCAUAAUAAAUGCUGAAAGUAAAAAGCCUGAAUUAUUAAAGUGAAAAGAGAAAAAGAUUUAGAUCCCAAAUAAAUGUAUGCGUUUGUGUGUGUGUGUGUGUGUGUGUGUGCGCGCGCGCACGCAUGUUUGCUGUGCAUGUACUUGUAAAAAGUAAAAUAAUAGAAAAGUAUUAUUCUUGGUACCCAGCAUUCUAGGAAUAAUGUCUUCCACAAGAUUAUUAGAAAACUCUGCUACUUUGUAGGAGGAGCUUUGGAUAACUAUGAAUAAGUCCCUUUACAGACUUAACUUUAAAAAACCAUCUGAUUUUUCUUUAUUUUCUUUAUUUUUAUUGUAAAUUGACAUAUUUUACUUGCAUACAUUUAUGAGGUAUCAGGUGUUGUUAUGAUUUAUGAAUACUAUGUGGAAUAAUUAAAUGAAACUAAUUAAUGUAUUCAAAUGAUAAUAAAUAUAACAGAUAACAGGUAACAAAUAUUAUUUUUUUAUGGUGAGAACAUUUGAAAGUUACUUUUUCAGCAAUUUUGUAAUGUACAAUACACUAUUAUUAACCAUAUUCACAAUGCUGUUCAAUAGAUCUCAGAAAAGCAAAACAAAACUUAUUCCUCUUGUCUAACUGAGGUUCUGUAAACUUUCACCAUCAUCUCCCCAUUUUUCUCCACCCAAACUCGGAAGUAUGUAAAAAUUCUCAGUGCUUAGAAAGUUUCAUAUACCAAUUUUUGUAAUGAUACUUCCCCAGAACUCAAUUUGACAGACUGAAGUAUGUAGAUAAGACAAAAAAAAAAAAAACACAAACCAAUGAAAAUAAAUAUGUCCUUAUUUGCAUGUUUACAAAUGAGAAUUCAGUGUUUCCUUUCUCACCAGCUACAAAAGACUUCAGCCUACUGUGUAUAAGGCACACAGCAUCUGGAUGAAGCUCAGCUGAGCUGUCUGGGGAAAUACAGAGAUUUUUAUGAAGAGAGCUUUAAACCCAGCCAUUAGCAAAUCUGGAUGGUUGCUGGUUUAACAUUCCCUUUUUAAAGGGAAUAUAUUAUUGAAUUUUCAAGAAUCAGAUAUACAUAGCAUUUUAGAUGAAUGCAUUAAGAAGUCUUCAGCAGUGAUGUUAGACAUUGGGGCAUGCUCUUACAGGCAAUGGGUGGUGUCAUAAAGAGCAUAUUUACAUUCGUUUUAAUUGUGGAAUUUAUAAUUGGAAAUUUAGGAAAUAGUUUCAUAGCACUGGGGAACUGUAUUGACUGGGUCAAGGGAAGAAAGAUCUCUUCAGUUGAUCGGAUCCUCACUGCUUUGGCAAUCUCUAAAAUUAGCCUGGUUUGGUUAAUAUUCGGAAGCUGGUGUGUGUCUGUGUUUUUCCCAGCUUUAUUUGCCACUGAAAAAAUGUUCAGAAUGCUUACUAAUAUCUGGACAGUGAUCAAUCAUUUUAGUGUCUGGUUAGCUACAGGCCUCGGUACUUUUUAUUUUCUCAAGAUAGCCAAUUUUUCUAACUCUAUUUUUCUCUACCUAAAAUGGAGAGUUAAAAAGGUGGUUUUGGUGCUGCUUCUUGUGACUUCGGUCUUCUUGUUUUUAAAUAUUGCACUGAUAAACAUCCAUAUAAAUGCCAGUAUCAAUGGAUACAGAAGAAACAAGACUUGCAGUUCUGAUUCAAGUAACUUUACACGAUUUUCCAGUCUUAUUGUAUUAACCAGCACUGUGUUCAUUUUCAUACCCUUUACUUUGUCCCUGGCAAUGUUUCUUCUCCUCAUCUUCUCCAUGUGGAAACAUCGCAAGAAGAUGCAGCACACUGUCAAAAGAUCCGGAGACGCCAGCACCAAAGCCCACAGAGGAGUUAAAAGUAUGAUGACUUUCUUCCUACUCUAUGCCAUUUUCUCUCUGUCUUUUUUCAUAUCAGUUUGGACCUCUGAAAGGUUGGAGGAAAAUCUAAUUAUUCUUUCCCAGGUGAUGGGAAUGGCUUAUCCUUCAUGUCACUCAUGUGUUCUGAUUCUUGGAAACAAGAAGCUGAGACAGGCCUCUCUGUCAGUGCUACUGUGGCUGAGGUACAUGUUCAAAGAUGGGGAGCCCUCAGGUCACAAAGAAUUUAGAGAAUCAUCUUGAAUAUAUUAGAAAAAAAAUAGCUCCUAAGAAAUUCUUGUAUGUUAUAUAAAUUUAUACUUCCUCAAGGUUCUUUCAUUGUGUAUAACUUUGUGAAUUUUACAAAGAUAUGCUUGGAAUCAACACCAUCCAAACAUAUCACAAAUUAGGAUAUAUGAAAUUAUGUAUAUUACCAUACAGAGAAGAAUGUGAAUACUAUAAAGAGUUCUUAUACAAACAGGUAAUAUAGAUUUUGUAUCAAUCAUUCACCUUUCUUGAGAUUUUUAAAUGAGAAACCUAUAAUGUAUAAGAUACAUGUGUGUACGUGUGUAUGUAUGUAUGUGACACAGUUACUAAAAAUAGGCUUCUUAAACUUACAUCUCAAUCUGGUAGAUAAAGUACAUAAAAGAAUAUGGAAUUUUAGUACCUAUAUUAAGUGUUUUUAAUUUUUGUAUAAUAUUUAGUACCUGAUUAGCAUGUAUGCAAAAAAGUAAUUUGCUUCGUUUGUUGAAUUAGAAGCCAGCUGCCUUACUAAACUACCACAUUUGCUUUGCUCAUUCUCUUGGCUUUGCAGAUAGAAAAUUAUAUCAUCUGCAUAUAGUGAUUUAUAAUGAUUAUUUUACUUCUCCAUUUUACUACUCGUAAUUCUUUUUUGGUAUCAGUUGUAUAAUGAAAUGGUUUGAACAUUCAAAGUGUUAAGUAAUCCUGAUCGUAACUGCUGUCUUUGCAAAUGGAGUGUUUUCUAGUGUUUUAACAAUAAACGUAAUACUGACUCUA